CUUCUCCUCGACUCCGUUUUCGUUCGCGCUGCAUCCAUCCCACCAGCCAUCAUAAUAGUUAUUGUCAUUUUUUUCCUGGCUCCAGAAAAAUAUAAUUACAAUUUUAAUGGUUUUCAAUUCUGGUGGAAAAAUGUUGGCCCGCUCGACGACGACAACGACUGCAGCAGCAUAAUUCGGCGGUGGUCGCCUAUCGAUUGGAAACUCGCGAGUGUGUGAUUUGCAAGAGGGACGAUUUGUUAUAAAAACUUUGUUUUGGGAGCUGAAAAGUCUCGUCCGGACGGAUUUCUCGGGACGAUGGCGUCGACGGGACUGGUGGACAAGUCGUUCGUGAACAUCAACGACGAGCUGUUCUACCUGAAGUGGAACAACUUCCAGAAGAAUGUGAGCACCCAGUUUGAGAAGCUGCGGGAGGAUGACGACCUGGUGGACAUAACGUUUGCGUGCGAGGGCCGGAAGCUGAUGGCGCACAAGCUGGUGCUGUUUGCGUGCAGUCCGUUUUUCAAGGAGCUGCUGAAGAAAAAUCCUUCCCCUCAUCCGGUGUUCUUCAUGAACGACGUCAAGUUCGAUGUGCUGAAGGCGAUUCUGGAGUACAUGUAUCUGGGGGAGGUCCACAUAACGAACGAGAAUUUGAAGGAUUUCAUUAAAACGGCUGAGGGCCUGCAGAUUCGGGGUCUCAGCAAGGAGAAUAAUACUGACCUGGCGAUGCCUCCGAUCGUACCAACCCCCCAACCUGCGGUGAGCCACAUGGCUCCGAUCGGGCGCAAGGUCAUCAUCGACGACAAGGAGACGAUCAUCACCGCGGAGAAUGUGCAGCUGCUGGACGAGCUGUGCCGCAAGCGUCCCGUUGAUACCGGCGAUCUCGGCGGCGGCCAGGUGGUCGGCCUCAACAUCAAGCGUAUCAAAACUGCGACCGUAGUCGAGACGCAGAUCCAGUCCGAUGGCAGCGGUUCCUCCAACGUAGAGCCCAAGGUGGAGAUGGUCGAGUAUCUGGACGCGGAAGCAACUAACCACCAGUCGCCGCAGUACUGCAGCAUGGACAACUUCACGGAGAAGAGCAACUCGCGCAACAACAUGACCCACAUGGGACAGAUCAACGCGGCCACCUUCACGCAAACUCCGGCGCAACCAAGCAGCUCUGGCCACCAGCAGCAGCAGCAACAGCAACAACAACAGUAGCAGCAGCAGCAGCACGUCCAGCACGAGUACAAAUCCGAAGAGGACAGCAGCUGGAUGGACAAAUCUCUGGACAACAUAUCGGUCAAUUCGGAACACCAACAGCAGUCAGGACAGCAAACCGUCAAGUACAAGGGCAAGUCGAGUAGUGGCGGCGGCGGCGGCGGCGGAGGAAGCAGCAGCCGAUCGCAGCGCUCCAACGAGGACAAAACCAACUGCCUAACGCCUCGCUGCUGUCCUAUUUGCUCACGACUCUACUCGAACGUAUCGAACCUCCGCCAGCACAUGCGCCUCAUCCACAACCCAACGGCCGUCUGCUGUCCAAUCUGCCAAAAGCACUUCAACUCCGAGCUCUACCUAAAGCGGCACUACUCGUCGAUCCACUCGAUCAACGCCGGCGGCGGCACGGGAACCAACGAACCGGGCGAACUCGUAGAUCAGAAGCCGCCAGCGCAGCUGGCCACCCAAGGACAAGCCCCCCAACAGCAGCAGCAGCAGCAACAACAGCAAGGUCAACAGCAGUAGCAGCAGCAGCAACAACAGCAAGGUCAACAGCAGCAGCAGCAGCAACAACAAGCGGCCUCCCAACAGCAGCAGCAGCAACAGGCACCGCCGUCGGCCAGCACAAACACGUGGAAUCCGUACCAUCAUCACACCGUCGGUGACAUGCAGCUGGUGAAUCCGUUCAUCAAAUAAUUACAGGUUGGUUUGGAAGGGGAGCAGCGGCAGCAAGGUCGGCUUCCUCGCUUGGUCGCGAUUUGUUCGCUGGGUCAGCUCGUUGGUGGAACCUCCCAUUUAGGGACAGAUUGCGAAAUCUGAUUUUUUUAAGUUGUAUUUUAUUGUUUCUUCGAGUUGAAGAAAGCUUUUUAAAAACAAAUAACAUUGAUGAUUAGUUUUCAAUAUUUUACAGGCAGCGUUUUCCGUUUGACUGCAAAAAAA